AUGUUGACACGUGCGAACCAGGGAGGCAAUGCCGAGAAAGGGCAGGGCUACAUCGUGGCCUUGGACCAGGCACGGAGCCAGGGCAAAUGGGAUGAACUCCCAGAGUUGAUUCGAAAAGUGACCAAACAUGCACCGCAGAAGACUUGCCUGAUACAGACCGCAACUGCGGAAUCGCGUGUGGUUGCAUAUCUUCAACAAAAGUCUUCCAGCGACUCAUCUUCUUCAUCCCCGAGUCUCGCCGAGCUGAUUCCGGCCCUAUUAAUCACAAUUGGAAGCAAUGACGGAUCACCACAAGAAUUAUUGCAAGCGCAAGUCUGUCUGGGGUGGAUCCAUUGGGCUUUGAAAGAACCUGGACUCUCGGCAGCGCGUCUCCCUAAGGAUUUUACGGCAACUCUUGAUAACUUGGCCAGUGGGGGGAGGGAUGCUACAUCAAGGCCAGCGGCCGCACAAUCUACUGCUGCAGACAUCGAUGACGCAUUGGAGACAUUUUCGUCCCUAAUCCCGUGGCUAAGCGGCGGUAAAUUAACCUCAGUCACCACUCCGCAAUUCCUGAACUGGUCCGAGUCACUUCUAGGCAAUGGUGCCCUUUUGGCCAGUGGCGAAGUGACAAAAAAUGCACCCUAUUCGGAUCCCAGACAUGCAGAUAUUGCCUUGCGAUUAUUCAGGUUGUGGGCGGCUCAUCCUGCCGUGAAACAGGGGGUCUCUAACAACAACUUAUCGACUGCAGAUUCUUUUGGCCGAGCUCCCCGAGCAUCGGUAUGGGCUGCUUAUUACAAGCUUCUCACUGCGGUCCUGCAGGACGGAGUUACAUACACCGGACCCAAUGAUGGACCGGACCGCCCACAACUUGGUAGUGAAUUGCGCCGCGUAGAGACUGUCUACGAACGCAAUCUUCUUUCUGAAGUCAUGUUCCCUACGGCCAGCUCGCAGAACUCGCAAGUCGAGGAGUGGGUCGAGCAGGUGAUCAGUAACUGGGAGGUCUUGUGCGGACCCGAGUGGCAGGAUUCGGACCUUGGCGAAGGAGGCCAGAAUGCAGUCAGUCGUAAUGUAUUAGAGAUUCUGUACCGGGCAGCGACAAAGACCUACCACUCUCCUUUGGUACUUCGACGUCUCUUCCACGUUCAUUCUGCUUUGGCAGAUUUCGACCUCGCCGUGAAGGCGCUCGAUUCGUAUAUUGAAAUCGUCACUGAAGCUAAAGAAAGGGCAGAGAAGUCUGCUGCAUACGGUGAGCUGGAAAAAGAUGAAGUAUUACUGCAGACGCUCUCUGAAGGAGUCACAUUAUUGAGCUGUCUUGGCUCGUUGGAAGAGGCAGAGAAAGCCCGAGAUCUGACUGAAAUUAUGAGGGAGUAUAUCGACAAGCACAAUACGCCUACCACAGAUGGUCAGGUCAAUGGCAAUCCCACGAACUUGCCGAACAUCAUUCCCUCGGUGCUGGCAUCAUCCUACCGAGCCAUCGGUGUUGGACUUGCUUGCUGGGCAAGCUGGACUCCUGUGACUGAAUCACGCGAUGAAAUCAGAGCCGAUGCGAUCGAACACCUCGAAAAGAGUCUUGCUCCAGAAUUGGGAAGUAGCUCAAGCUAUUCUUCACUUUACACCCUAGGCCUUGUAUUGGCCGAAAACAGAGAUUUGGACACUGCAAUUGAGUAUGUCAAGUCAGCUCUGACACCAAGCAGUUCAUCUAAUGCAGUAUCUGAUGACCUUUCCAAAGAACGUGACUUGGUAUCUCUGUGGCAUCUGCUUGCACUGCUGCUAAGUGCAAAGCAGGAGUUCGAGAUUGCUGGGCGUUCAUGUGAGGCUGCAUUUGAGCAGUUUCCUCGAGAUUUAUUCUCGAGAGGUCAUCGCGAACGACAUUUAUCAAGGAAUGCGCAAACCCCCAACCAGCGUUCGAUUGUCAGCAGAUUGCAAGGCAGAGAAAAAGAACGCAUCGUCCAAACACGCAUCACGCAGCUUGCCUUCAUCGAGCUCCUGGAAGGGCCCGAAGCUGCUGUCAACCACAGCACACAACUAUUGAGUCUUUUUGGCGCUCUUUUCCAAGACCUGAACCUCGAGGCUGGGGGCACUAAAUCCGAUUCAGAUCAUCUAGUACCGCCAAAGAGCUCUGCUGGAACCACCAAAAGCUUCCGUGGAAGCAUUUUCGGCCGAAACAGAACUUCCCAGUUACCAGAUCGCCGUGCUGAUCAGAGCAAUGGUUCUGAUACCGCCAUCCCACCCACCCCAGCUAUCCCCAAUGGUCACAUGACGGAGCAGCCGUCAAUUCAGGUCACGGAUGAAGACCUUCAAACCCGCCAGGGAAGACCGCCAACGAUUGGGAGGGCAGACUCCAAGAAAUUGAAAAAGCGAAGUUCAAGCUCUCAUGGAAACGAGAGGCCGCGUGACGAAGAGCCACCGCUUCCUAAUGGAGGUGAGCAAUCCGCAGAAAUGGUCGGCAUUGCGUUUUCUGGCAGCACAUCAUCAGGGCAAACAACCACUGCCGAAGAUGGCACACAACAUGGACUACAAGCAACAAGCUCCCCCGCCGGGCAUGAGGAACAACCCCCUAAACAAGACAUCCGACUCCCAAUUGGCUACCGUUUCGAUUCUCCCACAAGUGCCGUCACGAAGUUUUCUCUAAUUCAAUCCCAGAAGCACGCCUUGGGUCUUCUCGUCAAAAUAUGGCUUGUUAUCGCUGGUCUUUAUCGUCGGGCCUCUCUUUUCGAUGAUGCCCGUGAAGCUUGCGAAGAAGCUUCGAAACAAGCUGCGCGAAUAGAAGCACUCGUGGCAUCACACGAAUCCUCAGCUCGAUCUUUUAGCAAGCGCGGCUGGGGUGCUUCCAAAAGCUCUGAGGAGCUCUGGGCUGAUAUCUACGCGGAACAGGGUCUCUUGUCUCAGGCUCGAUCUAACCCCCAUCAAGCCAUCAGACAUUUUGAGGAAGCGCUGCUGCACUUCCAGGACCACCCAGCAGCGACAAUUGGGCUUGCCAACCUUCUCCUGGACAUUUGGGAUCAGAAAUUAGACCCAGAGCCAUCGAACACCGACGUUGAUCUUGACGCCUCACGUCUAUCAUUGCUGUCGGAGACACCCAAGCCCAAAUCUGCGAAGGCCAUCUCAACCGAUGAUCUCAAGAUAUCAAGCGACACCGGGAAUGUGCGUCACGAAGAGCCUCAUCUAUCUGCACAAGAUGUUGAACCUAAGCAACUUCACCGUCUCGCAGCCCGCGAUCGCGCCUAUGGGCUUCUUUCGGCUUUGACAAAGCUUGGAAGCUCUUGGGACAACUCUGAGGCAUGGUAUGCGUUGUCGAGAGCUUAUGAAGCUGGUGAGCAGGUCGAGAAGCUGAAAGAAGUGCUUUGGUGGUGCAUUGAACUGGAGGAUCGACGCCCAAUUCGGCAUUGGUCCAAUAUCGGUUCCGGUGUCUAUGUCCUCUAA